AUGAACUCCCUCAACCUCCUCUCCUCCCAAGUCGAUCGGGUCAUCGGAACCACUCCUCCUUCCACUCCCAGAUCCGAGGCUUCUUUCAAGCCCGAAUUCUUCCCUCCCCUCCUCGAGAAGGAUGACCAUGACCCUCUCCCAGAAUCCAUCGAGGAUCCUUCCGGUUUCGAUGAAGAAGCCUCUGAAAGCCACCAGACAGGUACCAAGCAGGAUGAUGGGGAUGGGGAUGGAGAGGAAUCCGAGACAACAGCGCUUAUCCCAAAAUCCGGUUCUGAUAGCGGCUCUGGAGGAUAUGAUUCCGAUAGUAGCAGUGGAGGGAGUGGUCAAUCGCUAGCCAGCUCUAGCUCCACCCCUGUAAGAAGGCUCUGGAGGACCCUGAGAGCGUCUAUCAACUGGGUUAUCUCUUGCUUCUACGACCACAACCAUCAAUUCUCAUUUCUAGCACCCAUCCAACGAGUCUCCCUCUUCCUCGUCCGGCCCUUCAGCACUCGAAGGUACGAAAUAUCGUCCUUCCAGGAACACCCACCCACGCAACCCUACCACGACGCAUCCCAAUCCUCGGACUCCGAUGACCCUAGCAUACUCGAUGAGAAACCUUCAUCGUCAAGUUCCUCCCUCCUCCCGCCAGCCGAUGAAAUAGCCCCCCGUCGCUCUAUUAGGAUCAGGCUAUUCAGUUCGGAAAAACAACAGAAGGCCAAAUCGAUGAAAUCGCCUACAUCACCUUCUUCAUCUCUCCGUCUGACAAGAUACCCACGACUUUCCGGCCCUCCACGUCCAUUGCUACCCAAAUCGCCACCCCAAAAGACUUUGAUUCUAGACCUAGACGAGACCCUGAUACACUCCAUGUCGAAAGGCGGGAGCAUGGCUUCAGCUCACAUGGUUGAAGUCAAGCUUGACAAGCAACAUGCAAUUCUAUAUUACGUUCAUAAACGGCCGUUCUGUGAUGAAUUCCUAAAGAAGGUUUGCAAAUGGUACAACGUCGUCAUUUUCACCGCCUCUGUCCAAGAAUAUGCCGACCCGGUCAUCGACUGGCUCGACCAAGAGCACAAGUACUUCCGUGCCCGUUAUUAUCGCCAGCAUUGUACCUUCCGUGAUGGUGUAUAUAUCAAAGAUCUCUCGGUCGUUGAGCCGGAUCUUUCAAAAGUAAUGAUUGUGGAUAAUUCCCCAACGAGCUAUAUUUUCCAUAAGGAUAACGCAAUACCUAUCGAAGGCUGGAUCAGCGACCCCUCAGAUCAUCACUUGCUGCACUUGAUCCCGAUCCUCCAAGGCCUCCAAUACGUCACUGACGUCCGGUCGUUUCUCGCAUUACGCAUGGGCGAAGCAGUAGCGUAG